UUUUAAAUCAAGGUUCAUGUCACUAUACCUGAUCCUCACAUUUCCCCCUACCUACUUCCAAACCCACAUGAGUGAUACCACCAUGACUGCUGCUACUACAGACCAGUGGAUGCAGAUGCAGAUGCAGAUGCAAUUCUAUCAGCAGCAACCUCACAUGAAUGGCUCUGUUCAUGCUCUACCUCCACCAAACUCCACUCCCACCAUCCCAUCAGAAAACACCAUCUUGAGCCCAACCAAUUCACUGUCUCCAAAGGGGAGUUUAUCCAAACCAAUAAGAAGGAGGUCUAGAUCUUCUAAGAAAACCCCAACCACACUCCUCAAUGCCAACACCACCAAUUUUAGGGCACUAGUGCAGCAAUUUACAGGGUGCCCUAGCACCACAACCAUGCCAUCACCAUCACUCUAUAAAGGGCCUAUUACCUUAAACUUCCAACAAGGCAGCAGACACCAGAUUCAACACAACACAGAAACUAGGAUAAUGCAACCUUCAAGCACAAGAAACAACAACCAGAUUUAUCAUCAACUGCAAGAGCAGCAGAGUGGUUACUCAAGGCCUAGCACUACUACUAGGAUGGAUGAUGUCUCUGGUGGCUUGCUAGUGGAUCAUGAUUUUAGUUUGCAUGAUCUAACUGUGAAUUCGUUCUCCAAUGAUGAUUUUUAAGAAUGGACUAUGUUUAGCUAUGUUUCAUGGGAUGAAAAUGUUUGAUCAUGAAGGAAUCAGUGAUUGAAUCCUGUUUAUAUUAGAUGGUGGAAUUUCCUUAGGUAUAUUUGGUUCUUAGUUGUAUCAUGUAUGGAUGCUAUUAUAAGACAAUAAUUCAUAAGGUUUUUCAUGUAA